AUGGAGCCCCCGGCCGCCUCCUCGGAGAGGAGCCUGUCUCUGUCUCUGCCCGGGCCCCGGGAGGGUCAGGCCACCCUGAAGCCGCCUCCCCAGCACCUGUGGCGGCAGCCGCGAACCCCGAUCCGUAUCCAGCAGCGCGGCUACUCGGACAGCGCCGAGCGCGCGGAGCCGGAGCGGCCGCCACACCGACCCAUGGAGCGCGCCGACGCCGUGGACACCGGCGACCGGCCCGGCUUGCGCACGUCCCGCAUGUCCUGGCCCUCGUCCUUCCACGGCACGGGCGGCGGCGGCGCGGGCGGAGGCGGCUGCCGGCGGUAA